AUGUCGUCCUCGGGGCAGAAGAGGAAGAGAGUAGAGGAAUCUCCUCUCACUCGCCAAGACAACACAAAACAACCAUCAGGUCCCUCGCUUCUGCAGAGUGUGGAGGAGGCUUCAUUCCCUAGAGGUGGCGCCAGCGCGCUGACGCCUUUAGAGCUAAAACAGGUUGCCAACGAAGCAGCAAGCGAUGUGCUUUUUGGAUCCGGGCCUGCUGUUGCCAGCCCUGCCGCUAACGACAGCCAAAGACCUAAGAAAAAGAAGAAGACAUCGCCCAAGGCUGCGACAGGUACGAAGGACGCUGCUGGUGGCGAUGACGAGUCUGUUGCAGUGAUUGAUCACCUCACUUUCAGAAAUCUACCAGUUGGGACUUUGGUGCUCGGAAGAAUCAGCAAAGUUAACAAACAUGACCUUUGUGUUGCCCUCAGCGACAACCUGUGUGGGUUUGUUACUCUACCGAACAUCUCUGAACCCUUCACAAAGCUGCUUGAAGACAUAGAUGAAUCUAUGGAAAGCGAUAAAGAAGCUAGCGACGACGAGUCAGACGCAGAAUACGAUAAUGACGACGAUGAUCAGAAAUCUUCGCAAGCUCAGGCCGCUAAGCUCAAGGACCUGCCUGAUCUAAACAACUUCUUCACUCAAGGUCAGUGGCUGAGAUGCAGUGUGCAUUCGAAUUCGGCCCUCGACAAAAACAGCAAGAAACAGAAGAGGAUUGAACUCUCUAUUGAGCCCAGUGCAACAAACCAAUUGAUUGAGGAAGAUCUUGCGAGGAAUUGCACUAUUCAGUGCGCCGUCAAGAGUAUAGAGGACCACGGUGCCAUACUUGACGUGGGAAUGGACGGUAUCACCGGAUUUAUCUCUAAAAAGGAAUGUGAAUCGCUUCCCAACUUCGCACCUGGUACCGUCUUUUUGGCCAACGUGGCCAAGAAAUCUGGCAGAACUGUCACGGUCAAUUUUGAGUUCAAGAAUAAAAAGAGCAAGGUGUCCCAGAUAUCCUCAGUCGAUGCUGUCAUUCCUGGCCAAGCAGUGGACUUCUUGUGCCAAAAGAAAACUUCAAAUGGCGUGAUUGGUAAGGUCUUUGGUCUCGUAGAUGGGUUUCUGAACAUAUCUCAACAGGCGAUCUUUUACACCGAUAGCAAAAGUGACCAGGCAUACCCAAUUGGUUCAAAUACGAGAGUAAGGAUAAUUGCCUCUCUCAAAAACAAAUCGGGCGACAAGUUCGUCAUUUUGUCCGACUUGCCUAGCGUUUUAUCACUUGCGAGCGAGACUUCAGGAAACUCGGCUUUAGAAGCUUUCCCAGUUGGUUACACCUUCGAAAAUUGCGAAGUCAAAGGACGUGACUCUCAAUACUUCUAUCUAAAGCUCAACAAAGACUUCUUGGGACGUGUCCACUUGUCGAAAACAGGUGAACAGGAACCAUCUGGCGAGGUUAGCGCUCGCGUUCUCGGUUACGAUAGCUUUGACGGGUAUUACCAGCUUGCAACAGAUCCAAAAGUUAUCGCGGUUGAAUAUUUGAGGCCCAUCGAUAUUCCAGUAGGUACUAUUGUUCCCGGAUGCGAGAUCACGGAAGUCUCUGACAAGGGGAUAAAACUUAGCAUUUUUGGUGGCCAGUUUAAGGCGACUGUGCCACCACUUCAUAUCUCUGACAUUAGGCUUGUGUACCCAGAGAGAAAGUUUAAAAUUGGCUCCAAGGUGAAGGGUAUUUUGAUAAACGCCACAGAAAGAGGCCAGCUGUUUAUGUCUUUGAAAAAGUCUCUAGUCAAUCUCGAUAGGGAGGAGACUGAGCUAGCGUCAAGCUUUGAGGACAUCGAAAAGAUUGCCUCCUCUGAUUCCAAAUUGGCUGCUACAGUUGACAUCUUCAAACCAAAUGGAUGCAUAGUUUCAUUCUUAAACGGCUUGAGAGGCUUUUUACCCAACAGCAAUAUAUCGGAGGCCUACGUCAAGAGGCCUCAAGAUCAUUUGAGACUAGGGCAAACUGUGAUCGUGAAGGUUUUGCAGCAUAACAAAGAGCAGAACCGAGUCAUUGUCACAUGCAAAGUUUCAAGCGAGGCUGCGUCGUUGCAGAGAGAAGCCAUCGAAAACAUGAUUGUCGGAAGAUCAAUAAUCAAGGUUGCUGUAGUUGAGAAGACGAAGGAUUCUAUCGUUGUUGAGCAAGUUGGGACAGGAUUGAGAGGUGUUGUUUAUGUUGGCCACCUGUCUGAUUCUAGGGUUGAGCAAAACAGGGCACAGCUCAAGAAACUCAAAAUUGGGUCAGAGCUUGAGGGUUUGGUAAUUGAUAAAGAUGAGAGAACAAGGGUUUUUAACCUUUCGUGCAAAAAGUCUUUGAUGAAGGACGCUGAAAAGUCGCUAUUGCCCCUGAACUACCAGGAUGUUAAACAGAGAGGCAAUCAUUCCCCAUUCAAUGGUUAUGUUAAAUCCGUGUCUGAGAAGGGUGUUUUUGUUGCCUUCAACGGUCAGUUUGUGGGUCUAGUUCUGCCAAGUUAUGCGGUUGACAGUAGAGACGUUAGUCUGUCUUCCAAGUUUUACGUUAACCAAUCGGUUUCCGCAUUCCUUUUAAGAACCGACGAUGACAACGAGCGUUUCCUGCUUUCGUUCAAGGAGCCAAAGAACGAGAAAAGCUCAAAAACACCUGAAAGUGAGCGCCCUGCUAUCAACCCCGUUGAUCAAUCCAUCAAGGAAGUAUCCGAAUUUGCGCUUGGAAAAGUUACAAAGGCUAAGGUCAAAGCAGUUAAAAAAAACCAGCUAAAUGUCGUCCUUUCCGACAACCUUCAUGGAAGGAUUGAUAUCUCUGAGGUCUUCGACAAAUUUGAAGACAUCAAAGAUCCCAAGAAACCACUUGCCACUUUCAAAAAGGGUGACGUCUUGGAUGUCAAGGUCAUUGGAUUUCAUGAUGUCAAGUCUCACAAGUUCUUGCCCGUAUCGCACAGAUCUUCUAAGAACGUUUUGAUUGAGCUUUCUGCGAAGCCAUCCUCCCUAGCUGGUGUCAAUCACGCCACAAUCAAAGAUGUCAAAGUGGGCGACUCAAUCGUGGGAUUUGUGAACAACGUUUCGAAGGACAUCAUGUGGCUGACUGUCUCGCCUUCCUUGAAGGCUAAGAUAGAUUUCUUUGAUUUGGCUGAUGAGAACUCACAACUCGGCCAUGGCAUCGAAGACUCUUUCCCAUUAGGUUGCGCUCUCAGAACAAAGGUUGUCAGCAUCGACCAGGAUCGCAACACUCUAUCAGUAUCAGCAAGGACGCAUGACAUCAAGGGCAUCAAAGACAUUAACGUCGGCGAUUGUCUGCCAGCGCGCUUGCUCAAAAUUACAGACAGCUAUCUCUUGUUAGAACUUGGCGAGAAUGUGAGAGGCGUCGCGUUCGCCACUGAUGCCUUGGAUGAUUAUUCGAAGCCUUUGAAGGACGUCUACGCAAACCAAAAGAACAGCAUUGUGUCUGCCAAAGUGAUCUCUAUUGACAAAGAUGAUGGCAAGCUUAACCUAUCUCUUCGUUCUGAAAACCCAAGAGACGGUACUGCAAAAACACACGAAGAUCUGAAGAGAGGAGAUGUCGUGCGUGGACUUGUUAAGAAAAUAACCGAGAAGGGUAUUUUCAUUUACUUGAGCAGCACGCUUCAAGCGUUUGUGCCUGUCAGUAAGUUAACUGAUUCUUUCAUUAAGGACUGGCGGAAGUUUUUCAAACCAAUGCAAAGUGUUGUUGGUAAGGUUGUCAACUGUGAUGAUGACUCCCAUAUAUUGGUUACUUUGAAAGAGUCGGAAGUUAAUGGAGAAUUGAGAAUUUUGAAGAGUUACAAUGACAUCAAGGUUGGCGAGAUUUUUGAAGGUGCCGUCAAAAAUGUCACGGAUUUCGGCUUAUUUGUUAAGCUUGACAACACCGUGAACGUCACCGGUCUUGCCCAUAAAACCGAAGUGGCUGAUUCCGCUGUCGGCGAUUUGGCUUCGAUAUUCGGUGUCGGUGAUAAAGUCAAGGCAAUUGUCCUCAAAGUUAAUCCUGACAAAAAACAGCUUUCUCUCGGUCUCAAAGCUUCUUACUUCAAAGAGAGUAAUGAGAAUCAGGCGUCUGAUGAUGCGGAAGGGGACGAGGGCUCUGAAUCCAGCGAUGAAGAAGUUGUGAAUGAAGAAGGCCAGGAAAGCGACUCUGACGGCAUGGAGGUCGAUGACCAUGAAGGCGAAGAUAAGGGUGACAAGUCAAAGCAGCAACCAGUUUUGUCUAGCGAUGGUUUGAGUUUGAGUGCAGGAUUUGAUUGGACUACAAGCAUUUUGGAUCAGGCUCAAGAAGAGGAAUCCUCUGAAGAGGAAGAUUUCAGCGAGACCAAAAGGUCUAAGAAGAAAAAGAAGUCAGUGCAGGGUGUCGAGGAUCAAACCAUUGAUAUCAACACCAGAGCGCCUGAAUCUGUUGGUGACUUCGAACGCAUGAUCAUGGGUAAUCCAAACUCUUCUGUUAUCUGGAUGAACUACAUGGCAUUCCAAUUGCAGCUUGGAGAAAUUGACAAGGCACGUGAAGUUGCUGAGCGUGCUUUGAAGACCAUAAGCUUCAGGGAAGAGGCUGAGAAGCUGAACAUAUGGAUCGGUUUGCUCAAUUUGGAAAACACGUUUGGUACUGAGAGUACUCUAAAUGAAGUUUUCUCAAGAGCAUGUCAGUACAUGGACUCCUACACAAUUCACAGCAAGCUCAUCAACAUUUUCCAAAUGAGCCACAACUUUGAAAAAGCUUCUUUAUUGUUCAAAACGACUGCAAAGAAAUUUGGUGCGGAGAAGGUCUCUAUUUGGGUUCUGUGGAGUGAUUUCUUGAUUGAACAGGGACGUGCUGAAGAAGCACGCCAAGUUCUUGCCAGUGCUUUGCAGUCUUUGCCGAGACGUAACCACAUUGAAGUUGUGCGCAAAUUUGCCCAACUUGAAUUUGCUAAAGGCGACAGCGAGCAGGGCCGUUCGCUUUUCGAGGGGUUGCUUGCCGACACUCCAAAAAGAAUCGAUUUGUGGAAUGUUUACCUAGAUCAAGAGAUCAAAUCAGGCGACAAGAAGAGAGUUGAGAAUUUGUUCGAGAGAGUUGUGAACAGAAAGCUAACGAGAAAGCAAGCCAAAUUUUUCUUUGGUAAGUGGCUUGAUUUUGAGGAGGCCUCUGAUGACCAAAAGACUGCCGAGUAUGUUAAGGCAAAGGCCUCAGAGUAUGUUGAGAAGCUAAGCCAAAAGUCAGCAUCUGUAGAAUAA